UCGCCGCGGCUGUUGUUGGGAGGCGGCAGGGGUGACAUUGCGGGAGCGGGGGGGGCGGCAGGGCGGCCGUCAUGCUGGCGUCGCUGGGGCGGUCGGCGGGGCGGCUGCUGCGGACCGGGAGCGGCGCGACCGGGCUGCGGCACGCGGGCGGCGAGGUGCACAUCCAGCCGCGGUACCGGCAGUUCCCGGAGCUGACGCGGGCGCAGGUGAUCCGGGGCGAGGUCCUCAGCGGCUUCAUGUGGUUCUGGAUCCUCUGGCACUUCUGGCACAGCUCGGACAUGGUGCUGGGCCACUUCCCCUACCCCGACCCUUCGGCCUGGACGGACGAGGAGCUGGGGAUCCCUCCGGACGACGCGGAAUAGGCGCCUGCGGGUGCGGGCGCUGCCGGCGGCACAGCGGAACGGCUCUGCCGCCCCUCCCGGCGCAGGCCCCGGCCCCCGGGAGCGCGGCCAGGCCGGGCUUUGCGUUACACGGCAAUAAACACAGUCACCAGUC